AUGUUGAAGCGAGAGGUUGUGGAGAAGUCAACUGCUAUCCAGUCUAUUGAAGAGACAGCGAUGAACCGCCUCAUCCGAGAGAAAGAAAUCACGAAUGAAGUAAUCGACUCACGAAAUCGAUUGAUUAAGUCAAUGGUCAUGAAAAUCGAAGACAGGAAUGAAAAUAUUGAGCGACUCAAGCACGAGAACGGGAAACUCAUGUCGAUUGCACUUGAUGUUGAAAUGAAUACGGCACUGAGGAACCAGGUGGCCGCAUUGAAGAGCCAUGUGGUUUCUCUGAAUCAGCAGUUGCAGGAAACGAAAUAUGUAGCAACAACAUACAAAACUGAGUUUGAACGACUAAAAAAUCAAUUGGCAAACAUCCAGAGGCUCGAAUCGUCCUUCACAUGUCCUGACAUUGGAAGAGUGGCACGAGAGGGGUCAUGGGGGUCAGCUGAAUGGAAGCGGUAUGCAGCGAGACUGCUUCAAGACCGAACACAUUUGCUGGGAACAAUUGAAGAAUUGAAGCAAUCUGCCGAGACCAACAAGUCGGGUGUGGAACAGCAACUCCGCUCAAUCUUGCAAGAAUUCAAGGAGAACCUGGACGAAGUCGAAACAAGUCUGAGCACGGCCCGUCAAGCGGCAAAGGCUCAUGCCGAAAAUAAUCAGCAACUGGUUGCUGAAAACGAAGACCUGAAGCACACUAUUUCAAAGAUGAAAGAGAAUCACUAUUCGAACCAAGCCGAAACAAGUCUCAACUCGGCCCGUCAAGCGGUAAACAUCGGAUGCGAAACGAAGCAGAUACUGGUUGGCGAAAUCGAACAACUGAAGCAGAACGAAAAGUGGAAUCAGGUCAAAGCAAGUUUCCAGUCGGCCAUUGAAAAGAAUGAGCGACUGGUUGCCGAAAAUGAAGACUUGAAGCGGUUCAUUUCAAAUAUGGAAGCGAGUCCUCACUCGACUACUCAAAGGAAUGAGCGACUGAUUGCCAAAAUCGAAGAGCUGAAGCAGACCAUGUCAAAGAUGGAAGAGAAUCAUUCCGAAGAGAUGGAACAAAUACAAGAAGAAAUGAAUCAAAUUAAAAUGGAUCAUGCCAUGGCAGUGGGCCUAGCACAAUCUGACGACGAUGACGACGACGAAGAACAAGCCAUGUAG